CCGGCAAACAUUUACAAAGUUUCAGAAGACAUCACUGUGAACGAAGGCAGCAAUGUGACAUUGAGUUGUCUAGCCAAUGGGAGGCCAGAUCCAUCAAUCACCUGGCGACUGCUCAAUCCAUCAGGUAAGAGCCAAUAAGCACCCAGCAGCAUUUCACUCUUAUCAAAGGGCAGCAUUUCAUCAUUGUUGCUUAUCACGACAUCUGUGGUCUCAGACAUGCAGGGGAGCGAUGGAGUUGGGAGAGGGUUCCUGUGUUUAAAAUGAAACGUGAAGAACACCUGUUAAUGACUGAGACACACCUGCUGCUUCUCACACUCCUCCUUCAUUCAAACUGGAUGAUCUACCAAUGCAAUUUCUUUCAAGUGAAAGCCCUCUAACGGAUUGCAAUAAUGAAACCAAUAUGUUGUUGUGUUUGCUCUAAAUGGAACCAUUACAACCAAUUAUCACAGGAAUUUUAUUUUCCCAAUACUCCAUUUUGAAAUGUUUGCUGUCAAACUGCCACUCAAACCUUUGUGGGAGUCCCUCUUAAAAGGGCAGUCCGGGAUUGGUGCAUCAAUUUUUUAACUUUUAGUGUAAUGAUGUAUAGCCAUUGAUUCUUUAACAAUAAAACGUAUAAAUGCCUAAUGAGCUGUUGGACCCUUUUAGAACCCAAAAUAUAAGCUUAUUUUACUCCAUUGUUUGUAAACAAUGUAUUUUUUAGCAAACACUGUAUAGCUUCAAAACAUGGUUAAAACUAUAAUUUUGAUCUCAUCAAUGGUCAGUCCUUGCAUCAAUAGCUCUGUCUAUGAUUUUGAGAGUGGUUACAUUUUUCCAGCCCAAUCCCUCAGCUGUUUACCACAACAAGUGGCGGGGUCAUGCUUUGUUGUUUUUUGAAUCCCGGAUUGCCCCUUUAACGUGAGGCUUUGAAAUACUCAUUGAAUGUUAACAUCUAACAACUUGAAUAAUACAUGACGAAGAGCAGUGCAUUUUCAUCCGACUGCAUUUGUAUUCCACCAUAAAGGUGUUUAUUUGAUAGGUAAUAGAAUACUGCCUGGAUUGAUUAGCGUUCUACUUUGUUCAACAAGGUUGGCUGAGGUGGGAUAUUCAGAGGUUCCUCACUCAUUUUUAGCUCUCGUAUUGUUGCCUGAUCAUUUGUUACCAAGCAGAUACUUAUUUAUAAUUGGAAUGUUUACUUCUAAUGAAAAGCAGAUGCAAUGGAAGGGUAGAUGGAGAAAUGAAAAAGACGCAGGAGGCCCCGCUUUUCCAUCAGAGUCAAGAUUGGUAUUAUUCUUUCAGACUUGUCAGAUUGUCAGAGGAGUGCCUCUUCAUUAUUCUAGCAGACUAUUACAGAGAGCACAAAUGAAACGGAACAUGACUUAAAAUUAUGGAUUGGAUGAAAGAACCGUCAUUUUCUAUUUCAGCUCUCCCUGCAUGGUCUGGGAUCGCCACUAUUCGGUUUCCAGAGUUCCAGACAGAAACCAUGACAGUAGUCUGUUGUCUCCCUCCCAAAGUCUAGCCUUUCACCUAUUUUCCUUCCUGAAAAGAUGCAGGCUUAGCAAUAGUAUGUGGUAUUUAUUCAGAUAUUUGAGAGAUUUCCACGUUUGACACACAUUGGGAUUAGAAGUAAGACAAUGCCAGCUAUUGUAUUUUAUGCCAAUAGUUGUAUUCAUUGAGGACAUGGGAUGUUGUUGUCCCUCAUAUUGACUGGGAAGCAGAACAUUGCUGGGCUCUGUCUGUGGCGAUGCGAUCAAUAGAGCAAGGAGCACAGCGUCCGUUCGUUCGGGGCCUGUGCUCUGCCUCAGUUUGUCUCCUCCACACCAAUGUUUAUUUCUGAAGUGUAUUUGUAAAGGUCACAGGCAGGGAUGGAGGGCACCACACUGAGAAUGCUGCGAAAAAAGUGGAACUCUUGGUCAAGCAAGGAAUUUUUGACUGCACGCUUCCCGGACCACCAAAAUAAAAGUCAGACAAGUAUGAAAUAUACAUGCCCUUUGGCGCUCCUCAUAUUACACGCUUUGGGCUAUGGGAAGCCACUCACACACAUCGGUGGUACAUGGCUUUUUGAGGGAAAAAGAGACGGGGGGGCUAUGUUUAAGAACGCAAAUAAGAGAUCUCAUUAAAUGUGUGAUCACUCACAUCAUUAGAUAAUUCAAGAGCUGAGCACAGUUAAUGAAUGUUAAAUUAUGCAUUUGAAGUUCCCACCCCUGAUAUAAUGCCUUUUGGCACUAAUUUAAUGCUGCAGGGGUAUAGCCAGGAUCAACCUCUGUUCUACUGAUGAGAACUCACACACCUGGACAAGCAGGGAUGAUGGCUUGCCCCUCCCAACAUCCAGAAUUAUUCUUGCACAUGCAGUUGAGCCAAAUCGGCAUACAUCUUGUGGUGUACUUUGCUGAGGGAAAAUGUACUUGAUACGAUUGGGAUGUGUUGUUGUCUCACCUAGCUAUCUUAAGAUGAAUGCACGAAUUGUAAGUUGCUCUUGAUAAGAGUGUCUGCUAAUUGAUUAAAAUGUAAAAUGUACUGCACAUGAGUAAACAUCUGGUCAAGCCACUUAACCAUAUGCUCAGACAGGGGUGGUAAAAUCAGAUUAGAUGAACAUUUCUUCUAAAACAACAUCCUAGCUGUUAAAUACUUAACAGUGUUCCCCCCAUACUACUCUGAAACCAGCCAUGCUCCAGGAUGGACUGGCCAUAGGGCAAUUCUGGAAAAUACCCAGUUUAGCCCAGUGGGCCUGUCUAAUUAUUUAAUUAAUUAUUAAUAUAUAUUUUUUACAAAAUUCUAUUUAUUUGGAUAAUCAUGGGGGACUCAAUGGAAAAAAAAGGGCCAGUGUGGGGGCCUCGAGGGAAAAAAAGGUCUGUGUGGGGGCCUCGAGGGAAAAAAUGGGCCGGUGUGUUAGAGAUGACUGGGCCUAUUUCUGGUCCCAGUCUGUCCCUGCCAUUCUCUAUACUAUGAGUGACUUGGACUAGGUCUCAAUAAUUCACCACUCAUCCCUGUCCACCUCAGCUCAGUAUGCUACACACUCUAGAGUCCCCACCUCUGUCAGCCCUGAGAUUGAAGUAGAGCACUUCCCAGAACUAGGCUCACAAUCCCAAGGUCCCUGACUUGCAUGUUCAUGGAGGGCUCACUGCUCCCCACUGCACCUCUGUGCAGGAAACAGGCAGUGCCUUGCUUAUAUUCUCCAGGCUGUCCCUGAGAAGGCUGUGACCUGUGAGAUGUGACAGGCCCUUGUCGGGGAGGCUCAGGUUCAGCCCUGGCAGCGGGUGUGACACAUGUAGAGGGCUGCUCGUGGGAGGGGAUUAAGUGCUCCCCUCAGGGAUCACAGAGACAGAGAGAGAGCUCCGCAUCUGGCACUGCAGCUGAUCCCAGACCUGUCCACUGUCACUGGAGGUUUAACCCCUCCACACACACACCACACACACACACACACACACACACACACACACACCAUUAGCACCACCAAGCCACACUGAGUAAGAAGAGGCACACUUAUUGUUGUGUGACUCUCAACAAUCAUCCCUCACAGCUCCCCUCCAGUCCUUUGUGACCACACCGUGGUACAUCAUGGGAUGUGCUAAGGGUGAUGUAACCUGAGUGUCCUUGGUCAACACAAAGAGCGUGUCCCAAUGCAACGCUAUUUGACCAAUCCAUAAAGACUCAGGAAAUUAGAAGCCAUGCUGGAAUAAUGUGCAGUCUAGAUUUGUAUAUCUGAUGCGCUGAUAAGCGUGAUACGGCAAGCCUGCACGAAUGGGAAUUAUAUCUGUAAAAUGGUUUUGAGCUUUAUCUAAGUGGUCUUUCGCUGAGGUUAAAAUGUUUCCCUAAAGACCUCCGUAUAUGUAAGCAUGUGGUUGUUUUCAUUGUGGUUGGCCCUCUAACUGCUGAUGUGACCAAAAGAAUGAUGAAGAUGGGUGGUGAUUUAGCUCAGUCAUUUAUUCAUUAUCUUCCCACUAAGAGUCUUAAAGAACAGGCUGGGCUAAUUAUGUAUUGACCCCUCAUCAUCUAAAUCAGACACUGGCCUGACAAAAAGAUUGGCUCCAUGUGUUUGGGACAGAUAAAGCCAAGCUUUUUCCAUUUGAAAACACUUAGAAAGAAGUGUAGACAAAAUAAAAUAAAUGUUGCAGAGCCAUUUGUGUCAUUCUCCCAAAGUUCUCCCUUAAAUCAACUGCUUAACAUAAAUUAGUAUUCACAAAAUAAAUGUAACAUUUCGCACAGUGUUAAAUGAUGCUCAUGAAUAAUGCAUAGUCAUGCAAAUUAGCAUUUAGUUGCCAACUGCAGUUGUGCCGCUACGUGAUGCUGAGUCCCUCCUCACUCUGUAUAGUGUCUCAAAUCUGCCUUCUAGUUCCCUUAUGAAAGGUCUUUCCAAAACACUGGCUCGCCAACAGACGCACACACACACGCAAACACACUUGAACUACCCUGUUCAAGGAAACAUGUAAUCAGAAAUAUAAGGGCUCUUUUGUCUAGGCGGACAUUCCGUACUGCAGUACGAGGCUCAAACGUGAGUGGAAUUUCUGUGAUUCCAUGCUAAUGUGACCAGGAUUAGAGUUGACCUACCCAGUCCCAUCUGAUUCAUUCUGAGAUGAGUUAUAUGCUGCUGCUGGCUCUCAGCUCCCUCCUGGCACAGGGGACUCUGUGUCUGUGUCUGGGGGAGUGGUGGGGAGGUAGUAGUGGGUUGGGAGCACAGGAGGUUGGUGGCACCGUAACUGGGAAGGACGGGCUCAUAGUAAUGGCUGGAACGGAAUCAAUGGAAUGGCAUCAAACACAUGGAUGUGCUUGAUACCAUUCCAUUGGCUCCAUUUCAGCCAUUAUUAUGUGCUGUCCUCCCCUCAGCAGUCCCUUGUGGUUGGAAGCCCUCUCCUUCACUGUUUUGGUCAGCCUUCACCAUAAUGUAGUUGCUUUCCCAAGAAUUUAAGGCAAUUCAAUUGUUGAGACAAACCCAAAGUAAUGCGGCUCAACGCAAAUAACCUUUCACCACACAUUUAUGAAUGUGAGGCUCACGGACCACUGCACUGUUAUGCUGCUCCCAAAUCCUGGUGCUAGAUAGCCCUAGGGUCGUACGCCUUUUAUUCAGAACUAGAAUUUGUUGGUAAAAUAAUUAUAUGCAUUGUCUUUCAGUGUUGCUGGCGCACAGGCAACACAAUAAAUUAAAGCAUGGCACCAGCAAAAUUGAGCUUUUCAUCAAAGUUGAAUUUUAAGUGCCAUUUUCAUAGUGACGCUUUUAAGUUCCGUUUUCAUAAUAAACACUGUUCAUUAUAAAUGGGUGAAGUGGAAAUAGUUUAUUUAAUUGUCAUAGCGUAUCAUGCGUUUGCAGCUUAGCAAGAUAGAUAGAUGUAGGGCCUAUCUAAAAUACAUCCAGGCUCAAAGCAAGUUGGAGAAGUGUGCUGCUGAAUGCCAUGUCUUGGACCUUAAAAUUUCACCUGUAGUCACAAUAAACUGAAGUGAAGGGGGGUGUUUAGCAAUGCUAGGCAGAGCUAGUCGCUCAGCAGGAUGGUCUUGGACAGUUCUCCUAGGGGUCUCUGUCUGCAUCAAGUGAAGAUCAUUGGCUUUGUUUUUAACUGAAUGAGCCCAGGACUUUAAGGGGAGAAUGGUAGAGAACACCUAUUCAUGUCUUACACUUGUAUACCGUCAGAACAGGAUACAGGCAUAGACACACUCUCACACACUCCUACACACACACACACACACACACCUCAGUCUUCCAUUUUCUACAGUUCACACACAGCCUCUCUCUCUCUCUCUCUCUCUCUCUCAUUCUCUCUCUCUCUCUCUCUCUCUCUCUCUCUCAUUCUCUCUCUCUCUCUCUCAUCUCUCUUUUUUUCCAGCAACUCAAACAGAUUUAUUGCUCUGACAAUCUAUGUGAAAUUUGAAAUGUGCACUCCAUUCUCUCCCACCUCAUUGGGUUUCUCACUCACUCACUGGAUUAGCAUCAUGCCAUCAUGUGAUUUUUUUAUGUGCACGUUCCAAAUCAAUCACUUUUCCAUUCCCAUGGGGCCCAUGGAAAGCAGUGACUGAUGCCUGCUGAAUCCACACAGAGCUAGAACAGCUAUAGAAACAGGUUCUUUCCUGGUGAAGGUUAGCCUAUUUUUCAUCAUUACUUUCUUUCUGAGAGUUAAUACUUGAAGUCCAUGUAAAGAGAUAACAGUGUUUUUCAUAAGGCUGCUCAAGCCUCCUGGGGGACAUUUUUUAUUUAAUAGAGUAAUUAAUUAAACUAUAAAUCGGGUCAUAUUCAUAACACAGUUGUCCCUGGACCCUGCUGAGAUAUUGACUUAAUAUUUCCAGUUCACUGAAUAAGUUACAUUAUUUUUAUAAUUUUGGUCACACUUUAUUUGGAUAGUCCAGAUUUUCCAUCUGUAGAUGGAAACCUGCUUGCUAAGGUUACGGUUAGCUUUAGGGUAAGGGUUAAGGUUAGAGUUAGGUUAAGCGUAGAGUUAGAGCUUGGGUAAGGGUUAGUAGAUAGUAGAAAUAUUACUGAUAGUCUGUAGAGCAACUACAGAUGGACUAUCCAAAUAAAGUGUUACCUAGAUAGCUACUGUAAGUAAGCUGCAGUACUGUAGAUUGUAGCCAAGUCAUCUUCUUCUUUCUCUACCCCCUCAAGAAAUAUCUAUUCAGGUGAAGUCCAACUGCCUUAAUGAUAAACGAUCAAGCAGCCGCAAUACAUUUCCAUGGCAACUGAUUUCAAUCCUACUUUUCCAAUCAUGGCAUCCUUUGUCCAUGAUGAGUGUGUUUGAUAUGGCUGCAGUGGCCAUGCUAGGAGGACGCUUUGAUCUGAAUGCUCUUUUCAUAAGCAUUGAACUACACCAGACAAUAGCCAUAGAGAUCCUAUUAAAUUACUAUUAAAUUAUUAGUAUUCUAAUUCUAUGGGCGUAGCACAGAAAGAGCUUGAUACAUUGGGCACGCAGCUGUGAAUGCUGUUGCUAUGCAGUUCGAGACUUGAAAUUGAGGUUGUUAGGUGUGUUUACUGAGACCACAUUUCGGAUUUAGCCAGAAACAAAUCUAUGAGAAUAACUUGAGUGUCUCUUACAGGAAAGGAACAGUCUUCCAUAUACACGUCCCAGGGUUGUUACUUAAUUUCACAGGGUAGAAGACCUUGCUCCCUGAGUGUCAGCUCAGUUGAGGCGUGCCCAUUGUUUUAUUUAGUCGGGUUCGGUGGCAUUUUGAGGUUUAGCUGUUUUUGUAUUUUUUUUAUUCAGAAACUGUCUCUGUCUUCAACACAUUUACAGGGCUUGGAAAAAAACAUGUAAGUUAUAAGGUAAACAUGUCUCAGGAGUCUUUAUGCAUUCACUGCAGGCUAUUGUCCCUGACAAUCAAUAUCCAUUUAGAAAUGCCAAGAGAAAUGUUGAUACAGUACACUAUUGUAUUGUUUGUGAACAGCUUUAGUCGAUGUUACCCCAUGGUACCUUCGUCAAUGCUAUCCCAUGGCACUGUAUGGAGCAAUUGUACCGGGUAUCUAAUCAACCCAAGACAGCACUGCAGAGUCAGCAUCUUAUCCGCAUGCUUGGCAUUCUCCUCAUCCUGAUAACUCCUAGAUCUGACUGGGAAAUAUGUCCAUAUUCUGAGUAGAUGGGCUAAAUGAGAGAAGCUCAGGAGACAUACGUGACUAAUUAAGGGAACUGCUGUUUCAGGUCCGUCCAUUUGAUGCUGCAUUCGAACAUUUGGUCUGUCAUUAAUUUGCUAAUCAGGCUUAUUGGAAGUCAUGCCGGCGUCAGAGCCGCUAUGAACAUCAGUGUUCUGCUUUUCCUGGAAGCUAUCCUGUUUUCCCUAUGUCCUCCAUUCACCCUCUCUCUCUCUGUGUCUCCCCACAGCGGAUUCUCUAGAUGGGGAGGAGUACCUGGAUAUAUCAGGGAUCAUGAGGAACCAGGCGGGCCGCUACGAAUGCAAAGCCAGCAAUGACGUGGCCACACCGGACGUCAAAUACGUCAAUGUUGUCGUCAACUGUAAGUCACUUUUUGGAGGGUGACUCCAGUUUCUAUUGGCCUUAUGUUUUGUAUAAUGCCCAGUUGUUUUUACUACAUUGAGAUCCAUGAUGUGUCUUUCAUUAAUGGAUGAAAACAAUAGAACCAGAUUAACUGUUGUGAUUAAAUCCUUAGAUCCUCCCGCCAUCAAGAAUGCCAAGAGCUCUGAAACCCAGGUGGGCCGAAUGGGGGUUCUUCAGUGUGAUGCGGCCGCAGUGCCCAAACCAGAGUUUGAGUGGUACAGAGAUGACAAG